UAUGAAUCCCACGCGGCAAUUUUGAAUUUAAGAGGCAUUGGAACGUAUCGCGUUUCGGGGUCGGUUAAGGCGCGGUCUAAGCGGACGGUAUAAAUACUGUUCACACAGGAGGGGAUCGCAUCAUAUCGACUGCAGAAUCCCCCGAGUCAAGUCUCAAGACAGAACAAGCCGAAGAUGAAGAGUUUACUGUUUCUUCUUGGACUGUGUUUCAUCCAUGCCCAAGCAUUUCCUCAGACCCACAGACCCAGACCCAGAGACUAUUGGAUAGGAGAACAGCCAGAGAAUGACGACAAUUUAAUGGAAGAACUCAUGGAUGCUAUGAGCCACUCGGAAACUGACGUCACGUACGAUGAAUCAAAACGAGGCUUACCCCCGGGAGCUAUACUGCACAAGUGUAGCGACAGAAAGAGGUACCCGUUUGGCUGUUGUCCCGACAUGGAGACGAAGGCGGUUAGGGAAGACAAGUUUGACUGUGGACCAAAACUCUGCAUUGAUAUAUAUGUCAGCUGGUGUUCGGAUAAUGAGAAGAUUCUCGAUUGCCAGGAUAAACACAAGCUAAUGUGCGCCAAGACGUGCAAAAAUUGUCCGAACAAAGCUCCCGCUGCGCCUCUUGAGAAGUGCAGAGCAAUGGCUGAUAAGCUGCCGUAUGGCUGCUGCUGGAAUGGCGUCCCUGCUACUGGACCAAACGGGCGUGGCUGCUUGCCUUGUGUUGACUUGAACCCUAACUCGUGCCGACAGUUCAAGGACGUGAGCGGUGGCUGUAACUCAGGCUCGUGGGGAAUCCGUAGCUUCAUGCAGAAGCGCUGCGCAAAAACAUGCGGCAUUUGCGACUAUAGCUAUGAGAAGUAAUCCAUCCUUCGAAAAGAAGUUCUUUGGCUGCAAUCAGGCCCCCUCCCCCUGGCUACGGGCCUGUACAAAGUAGAAAAGAAUAGAUGACCUGAAAGAUUGGCAAUGUUGUUGUAAGACUUUAAAAACAAUAUAUACAUAUAAGAUAUAUGCUUCGGUGUUUGUAUUUUUAUAGUCUCUUAUUAGUGGCUCAAAUGUAAAUAGUUUUUAACUUUGCAAAGGAACAAAUAAAGCUUUCACGAAGCCUAA